AUGCUGUUGCUACUGUCGCUGCUGCCUCUCCUGCCGCCGCCGCUGCUGCCGCCGCCGCCGCCGCCGCUGAUUCUGCUCUUGCUUUUACUUCUCCUGCAUGACAGUUGUUUUCUCCAUCUAAGCAGACACCAGCUUCAGAUGCUCGAGGUGAGAAACAUGCCUUUCAGUUUGGGCUACUGGUUCACUUAA